AUGACCCACAAGUGUAUCUUCCAAAUCGCUCUCCUGUUGUGCUUCUCCACCACAGCUCUUUCCAGUAGCUACAACUUGCUUCGAUUCCAACAAAGAAGCAGCACUGUGGCUUGUCAGAACCUCCUGAAGAAGCUGAAUGGAAGUGCUGAAUACUGCCUCCAGGACAGGAUAAACUUCGAGGUCCCAGAGGGGAUAAAGCAACCCCAGCGUUUCCAGAAGGAGGAAGCCGCCUUGGUCAUCUAUGAGAUGCUCCAGCAGAUCUUGGGACUAUUCUCAGGGAAACUCUCCAGCACUGGCUGGAAUGAGACCAUCAUUGAGAACCUCCUUGCUGAACUCUAUCAGCAGAUGGAUCACCUGGAGACAACUCUGGAAGACGAAAGCUCUGCCUGGGGUGACUUCAUGACCGUUCUGCACCUGAAGAGCUAUUACCUGAGGAUCGUGCAGUACCUGAAGGCCAAAGAGUACAGCAGUUGUGCCUGGACAAUAGUCCGAGUGGAAAUCCUGAGGAACUUUUUCUUCAUUAACAGACUUACAGAGUACCUCCAAAACUGA